AUGGCAUCUCCAUCGUCAUCCGACACCUACGAGGGGACUGACAGGUGGCUUCCACGACUCCUCGAAACUGGGGAAUGGUCCGACUGCAAGAUCAUCACCGCGACGAAGACGUUCAAUGUGCACCGAUGCAUUGUGGGGUCGAAGUCUACAGUCUUCAAAGCUGCUUUUGACGGAGGGUUCAGGGAAGCCGAGACGGGCGAGAUGCGGGUUGAAGAGAGCGAGCGCGUCAUUCAGGAGCUCCUUGAACUUAUGUAUUGCGUGGAUCCUUCAGUCGGACCUCCAAUUGUACUUGAUGGCACGGAUGCCAGCUUUGCAAGCGAAGCAGAGCACAGAAUCGAUAUCAUCGUCGCUGCAGACAAGUACAAUGUUGCUCUGCGUGUCGACCAGUUCAACCCCUGUUCCACGAUAUCCAAUAUCAAGGAGCCGGAGAUUUACAUGCCGCUCUGGUCGCGAGUGUAUUCGAAUGAUGCAUCGAAUUUCCGGCGCUUGCGAGCCUCGGUCGUUGACUGGAUAUCUGGUAAAACGUCCGAAAUCAUGCAAUCGGAGGUGGCGUGGCGGACGCUCCAUGAAGACCGGGAGCUUUGGCAAGCUGUUACGCAAUUGCUUGAAGAGAGGAAUAGGCCGGUGCAGGGAGCCGAGGAGCCGUUGGAGUCGAAUUCCCCGCAGGACGGGCCUGAAGACUUCGUGGAGACACCAAGGGGCUGGAGCGAGUCCGCAAAUGCGUCGGCGGGUUGA